UCAAAGGCGUACUGCUGAUCAUCACUGUGGGAUUGUCAAUGUGAUGCCUUUCUUAUUUUCUCAAAUUUCCCUCAAUAAAACACAGGUCUUGUGGUUCAGAAGAGCUGUACUUGGCGGACUUGCUACAUGUACCGUACUGAAUGUGUUAUGGUGUUGGGCGGUGUUAGAGAUCGUUCCCCAGAUGGCCAUUGAGCCCAUACUGCAGGAGAGGCUCUUAAAUACCAGCCUGGUCCGGAUGGAGCCCACUCAACCGACACACACAUUUAUCUACUCCAACAUCUCCCUGGAGGACUCAGAGAAGGCAGGAGAAAUUGCAACAAUACCUCUGACAAAGAUUAUAGCUCUGAGGUAUAGACGCUUCUUGUGGGUGGCAGAGCUGAUUCAGAUCUUCAUCACCAUCAGUUGUACCGUGUCUUUCCUUGUGAUGGGCUCAGCAAUGAAACAUACAAUUGACGGCCUGGUUAACUCUCUGUGGAAGAUGAAUGAAGGCUGGGUAGCAAGAAUCCAAUUACCAGCUUUACCACACAUCUUUUACACUGUCAAUGCAAAGAGUGCCUCCAGGAGCUUCAUGUCUUUUCUGGCGUUUGCGAUCGUUUUUGUUGUGUCUAUGUGUGAUCCAAAGGGAUUUGUCAUCAUGCUGGACAAGGUCGUCUCCUUCUCCUUAAACACUGAAGUUGGCUUCUUCGUCUUUCUAAUGAUCCGAACCUCCAGAUCGGAGUUAUUCCAAUACUUGACGGUUCCUCUGCCAGCGGCCGAGAGACUCUUCAGGCUCCACUGGCUCCUGCCAGUCUACUUCCUCUUCGCUGUGGUGUACGAUGUUUUACUGAGCGUGCUGGACAUAUCCAAGAGCAUGUACCGUUCCUCAUGGACCAACACGUCACUCGUUUUAAGAGCCACAAACUGAAGAGGAAUGAGUCUGAAAAGAUCACCGCACUGCAUCGGUCGAGUGGAAAACCUUUCCGCAAGAGACGAACAGCGGCCCUCGGAAACUAGUUUUGCUCAUCUACUGGUUUCAAGAAGAACUCAAAUCUGUAUAAAGGACAUCAGUAGAUUAAAGCACUGAUCAUUUAAUAAACAUAAGCUAGGAUA